AUGUCAUUCCGCCUAUUCUCCCCUCCGACAAUUGCCCGCAUCGGUCUCGGCAUGGGCCUCGGUGUCUCCGCAGCUGCCCUGUCCCCUCUCUCGCCCUUCCGCGCGUCCCCCCUGCGAUGCGACUAUGGCCCUCCUCAACCGCAAUCCUCUGAGCCCGACUGGCUCAUUAAAGACCCUCUGGUUCAGAAGCAAGGUCGAAGCGGCAUUGCGGCACAAGCUAAAGCUGCGUUCCUGACACCGGAGAACAUGAAGGAGAUUAGCUUGGGCAGUGUUCUGGGCCUAGUGGCUGGUGUGGGAUUGCGGGCUUUCUCUAGGGUAUUGGUCGUGCUUUUGGGUAUGGGUGUUGUCUUGGUUGAGUAUGCUGCAUCUAAGGGAUAUAACAUCAUUCCGGUCGAGCGGAUUCAAAAAUACGUGAAGAAUGCCGAUGUACGACGUGCGCUCUCGAGGCACCGACCCUUCAAGGCCAGCUUCGGCACUAUGAUGGCGCUUGCCGCGUUUGCGCAGUUCUAG